AUGAAAAGAUUCAUUCCUAGUCCGGAUUGCCCUCAACUAACAAAAUCUGCCGAAAUAGCCUAUGAUAGUAUCCGGGGAAGAUUUAUAAGAGCAACUGAGCAUAUACCUUGCGGACAAAUCGUUUGCAUUGAAAAAGGUGUCGUAGUAAACAUCAAUUCUGGGUGUUGUAAACUUUGCCUCAAAGAGGGUACAAAUCUAUGUGUAGACUGUUACGACAAAUAUGUAGAGGAGUAUGCUGAUUAUGAAGAACCAUUUGAGGAUGUCUUACCGCAAUUGGGCUUAUAUAAGCUUGUGCUACGAACACUCCUGACUUACAGCCCACUUGAGAUCGAAAAGGAGAUAGAAGAGUAUAAUGACAGCAUGAGAGAAUACCGAAAAGCUCCUAAGCUUCAAACCUCUGAUUUUCGCUCUGUAAUGAGUCUAAUUGAAGGCCCAUAUGAUGGGUUUGAAGUAGUUGCUGAAAUCACCGAUAGAGUGAGUGAGCAUCUCUCUCAGACUCAUCCAGUCUGGUCCAAAGUUGGAAAGUCAGUUUACAAGAAAGCUGCUAUUGCUUUAUGCAAGAGGUUUACUGUGAAUGCUCACACCGUAUUUUCACUUCAGAAUUCGUUAGCUGGAGGUUCCGAAAACCUCCCAAGUGGUUCAGGUAUUUUCCCUAUUUCAGCUAUCUUCAAUCAUUCGUGUAAGCCUAACGUUCAUAGUUACUUCGUCAAUGACACAUUCAUUUUUGUCAGCCUGGGAGUUAGUAAGGGAGAGGAGUUACUCGAUAGUUACGGUGUCAGUCGGUUUUAUUCUCCCAUGGAAGAAAGAAAGGAUUUUCUAUCAUUCAACUGCAAGUGUGUUUGUUGUAAAACACCAGAUGUGGACGCGGAAUCUUUUGUAGAACCAGCUCCUGUUAUCAGAUAUAUCAACUCCUAUAACGAGUAUAGAAUCUGUAGAAGACAGAAAAUUUUAAAAGAAGGCAGUGUAGAAUGGGAUAAGAAACAAGAAGAACUUCUACACAGAGUCUUGAAUAAGGGGGAAAAAGUUAUUCUUUUAUUUGAUAUUUUGAAAGGUAUGGAAGUCAGAAAAAUGUUUUUACAUCCAGAUCAAACUGUUAUUCUACUGCGACUGGUGUGUGUUUACGGAUUAGAAAACCCUAAGGAGGCUGAGAAGACUCUUCUCAGAGCAGUGAUAAGGAUUAAAUUGUUUCAACCCAAGCAUCCAUGUAGCAAACUCGCGGAACAGCUUCUUUCAGCUUAUGGAAUGAACAAACAAGGUCGUAUCCCAGAACUAUUUCGGAGAUUCCGUAAAGAUGUUGAAAGUAUUUCACCGGGUUUUGUACUUUGA